CUCAAAACUUUUCCAACUCUCACCGCAGCGCUGCUCCGCCGUCCUCCUCCACCUCCGCGGUGGCAGCAGACGUGUACACCGCUAGCUUAGCAGCGGAUGGCCGCUCGGAAACACGGAGGAAACUUAACGGGAGGGGAGGACACAAAACAAAAAACUUGUGGAGAGAUGCCCGACCGACUGCAUCCCUCCCUCCAAAGUUCAGCUAAGGUGGCUAACGCUAGCUAGCGCAGGAGCUAACUGUGAUGUGAAAGUUUGGAGAAAGAAAAAACUUUUGUUCACGUGUCAGAAACGAGCUGGAGACACGUCGCUAGCAGAGCUGUGAGUGAAGCCAGGAGGAGUGAGGACAGCUAAUGGUUGGGAAGCUCUCAUCCUUGUUGUCUUAGCCGAGCCAGGUUACACCAUCAGGCUAAUCAUCUUUAGCCAAGUGGAGCUAGCUGACAGACGGCUAGCAUCUAACUAGUGAGCUCAGUGGAGUCAGAGUGACACUCCUGGUUUGGUGGUGGCCGCUCAUCUCCAGCAUGAACACAGUGAGGGAAGCCUUUCUGUCAUAACCUCCUCAACAGAGUCAACACUGGUCUCUCAGAAGAUGUGAGGAGAUGAGAAAGGUGGACCGUUGCAUGAGCUGGAUGAACUUACCUGCUGAGCUCCACUGAUCCUGAGCAGCUGUGGACAUUUGUGAGGCUUUCUAAGGACUGUCACUCCUAAGUCCUCCCUCAGCUUUACUCCUGAUCACAUCCUUGGCUUUUCUUUUGGGGAGAGCAUUCUUCCAUCUGGAGCUUCCUGCAUUGUUAUGAUCACUGGUGGUCCCACACAUCCAGAGGGCCUGAAGCGGACAGCGCCAUAAUGAAGGUGACGGUGACGUUUGGCCAGACAGGUGUGGUGGUGCCUUGCAAGGAGGGCUGGACGGUGAGGGACCUCAUCCAGCAGGCCACGCAGAGAUACAGGAAACUCCUGGAGCAGGAGGGAGACUUCUUGGUUCGGACCCACCACGUUGAAUACUGCGACGGAGGGAUUCUGGACCCUGAUGACAUUCUCAGCGAUCUGGUAGAAGACAAGGACAAGCUGAUGGCGGUGUAUGAGGAGCAGGAAGCCCAGCAGAGGGGCGUGGCCAACACCAGCCUCGCCCCCAGCCCCGAGCUCUACCAGGCCGAGCUCGCUGCCUUCCAGCCAAUCACAGGAGGAGAGAUUGAAGUCACUUCCUCAGCCCUGAAGUCCAACACACCCCUGCUGGUGAGAAGCAGCAGUGACUCAGCCCUCAGCCCCCAGCCAGCCGAGACCGAAGCCUCCUUCCAUGAAGACCUCGCUGUGAUGGCAGCCGGUCCCGCUGUGGAGAGGCAGGCCGGGCUGGACCGGGCCCACGGCAAGCACACCUUCAGUGGCAGCCUGACCAGAAUGGUGGAGAUCCUGGGAGAAGACAGCCCUCUGGGCAUCCACGUGGUGCCCUACUGCUCGUCGCUCAGCGGACGCGCUCUUGGUCUGUAUAUUCGCGGAGUGGAAGAAGAAAGUCGCUCAAGAAAGGAGGGCUUGUUUCAAGAGGACGAGUGCAUCGUCAGAAUCAACAACACCGAGCUCAUGGACAAGACCUUCAGCCAAGCCCAGGACGUGUUUCGUCAGGCGAUGCGCUCGCCGGUCGUCCGCCUGGAAGUCGUGCCCUCCUCCAGCAGAGAGCGUUACGAGAAGAGCCUGAUUGGUCAGCUGUUUGGCAACAGCACCGGUCCCAACAGCAGCCCCCGAGUCGCCAAGACCAAAGAGCCACCGCCGCCCGUCAAAGCCAAACCAGCGUUUAAGCCCUCUGAGAAUCCAUCCACACGCCUGGCAGAGGACGCCGCCCCCCUGGAGCCUGCUAGCCCCAAAGGGAGGAGUGACAGCCCGCCGCUGAAGAAAAGCCCCGCCCCCACCGGCCUGGUGACCAAUAAGAGAGGAGGACGGAGGCUGAGGAUCGACUUAAAGAAAGGUUCUGAAGGGCUUGGGUUUACUGUCGUCACCAGAGAUUCUUCAGUACACGGUCCCGGUCCGAUUCUAGUCAAAAACAUUCUGCCACGUGGAGCCGCUGUCAAAGACGGACGCCUGCAGUCUGGAGACCGCAUACUGGAGGUGAACGGCGUGGAUAUCACGGGCGUGGGCCAGGAGGAGCUGGUGUGUAUGCUACGCAGCACGAGGCAGGGCGAGAGCGUCAGUCUGGUGGUUCUACGCCAGGAAGACAUGUUCCUGCCCAGAGAGAUGAAGGACGAAGUGUCCCGGACGCCGGGUGGCGCUGUUUCAGAGAAGAGCGGGAAGGAGCAGCUCAUGUUUGAGGUGCCGCUCAAUGACACCGGCUCGGCGGGCCUGGGCGUCAGCCUCAAAGGGAACAAGUCCAGAGAGACAGGAGAGGAUCUGGGGAUCUUCAUCAAGUCCAUCAUUCACGGAGGGGCUGCAUACAAGGACGGCCGUCUGCACAUCAACGACCAGCUGGUGGCCGUAAACGGAGAGUCGCUGCUGGGACGCUCCAACCACGCUGCCAUGGAGACGCUCCGGCGCUCCAUGUCACAGGAGGGAAACGCAAGAGGGACGAUCCAGCUGGUGGUGCUGAGGGUUCUGAAGGAUCAGCAUGGGGUGUCACCCAACCGCUCCUUUGACAGCUCCUCUGGACCGCUGAGCCCAGUGAACGGUCAGACGGGACUGCUCGGUCCGGCCACCGACUCCAUCCAGCCCCCCAUGGUGGCCAACGCCAUGUAUGCAUCUAACGUGACCAAUGGGAGCUACUCUCACAUGGAUGAGGAAGAAGACGGGGUGCUGUAUGGACACGACGCUGACUUCAGCAGCUCCGUCCAGCACUCCUACCUGCAGGAAAGGGAAAGCUCUCACAUCUCCUGCCCGGCUCAGCCCCAGUCUCCCACCCAGAACCAGAACCAGAACCAGCGGCAGUUCCAGCACGUCAAAGCCUCCAAGAGCAUGGACCUGGGUACGACUCAGAACCAGCAUCACACUGUGGCAGAUGAGAGCAACGUUGGAGCCACGGCUGGAAACGCUGCAGCUCCAUCAGCGCCUGUGGAACUCGGUCCUACGCUCGGCCUCAAGAAGUCCAGUUCGCUGGAGAGCCUUCAGACGGCCAUGUCAGAAGUCAACAGAAAAAACGAGCUCCUGCCGUUCCACCGUCCUCGUCCCAAUAUGGUCAGGGGCAGAGGCUGCAACGAGAGCUUCCGAGCAGCUAUUGAUAAGUCCUACGAUGGACCGGCUGAAGAUGACGAUGACGAUGGUUCAGAGGCGAGUUCAGGCCGGGACACCCCCGCCAGCAGCUCGUCCCGCCAGGGAGUCGGUGAUCAGACAGAAGAGAAAGCCAAGAAAGACAAGAAAAAGAAAGCAAAAACAAAGAAGAAGGAGAAGAGCAAGGGGAAAGGGAAAGAGAAGAAGAAAGCAGAGGAGCCCGAGGAGACGGAAAAGAAGAGCAAGAAAAUCGGCUUCGGCCUGCUGAGAUUUGGAAAGAAAAAGGAGGAGAAGAAGGAGGCGAAGGCGGCUGUGCAGCGCCAGAAGUCCGACGUUCUGAGUGACCACGAGUUUGAGAGGAUGAAGGAAGAGAGAGAGCGAAUUGAGGCGUCGCAUCCUGAGCUCCGGGAGCAGCAGUCCAGAGACCAGCAAGGCGGGGGGUCGGCUUAUCCGGACUUUGAGGAUGACGACGCAGAUCCCAACUACGCCCGCAUACAGUCCUUCAGGGACCGAGACGCUGCUCCGGUACCACAGCCGCUGGCCCAGUCACCUCCCUACAGUAGCAUCCAGCACGGCCACGGCCCCUCUGGGUUUCCAGGACAUGGGAAUCACUCCACUGAAGCCGGAGCCCUCCCUGAUGACGACCCUCUGGACAGACUGUAUGCCAAAGUGAACAAACCAAGGGGAGCUGGAACCACAUCUCCUCCUGCUCCUGCUCCUGGUAGUGACAGUAUGGACAGAAUCCAGCAGCUAAGGAGAGAAUACCAGCAGGCCAGGAGAGAGGGCAUGGUGCCGCCUUACGAGGAGCUGGACCCACGGCGCCGAGGGCAGGACAGCGAGCCACACAGGAUGCCAGGCAGAGGGACAGACCAUCGGCUGUCACCGCGAUACGAAGAGGUGGAGCGUCAGUAUGCCUCCUUACCAAGGCGAGGUCCACUGGAUCCAGCUGAAUACCCCGUGCAGCCGUGGUCAGGUCAUUACCCCGGACCUCCCCCAGCCCAACAGGGAUACCCCCAGUCCCCAUCCUACCCCAACCCCAGCGCCCAGUCUGGCCCUUCUUACUCCAACUACCCACCUGGGCAGCCUUACCCACGGCCAGGGGACCCUCGAGGAGUCGAUCCGGGCUACUACCCCCACCCCAGCUCCCAGCAGAGAGGGCCUUUGCGGCAGGACGUGCCUCCGUCUCCCACCCCCCCGCUCCGGGGCCUGCGGUACGACACCAUGACCCGUGGCACUGGGGGUGGAGGGUACAGGUAGGGCCCACAAGUCCAGGCACCAGCUGGAGCCCGGUACCGACCGCUGUGACUGUACUGGGAGGGAGGAAGACAGCAGCACCAAACCAACCCACGACUGAAGAAUGCCACGACUGCAGCUGUGUGGACAAACCAGUCCAGAGACGAACAAUAAGCAGAACUCUCAUUACUCCAGCCCAAUGGAGCCGUGAAACCUGUUCACGGUUUAAUUUGAAUUACCGUCAUCAUCCAACGCUGUCUGUGUCGUUUGAAGUCUCUGCUAAUACACAGACGAGGUAAAGGAGGUUAAUUAUAGGGCGGCCCUCGUGAUGCACAGUGUCUUGUUUUCUCAGUCAUUUAAAUUGCUUUGAAUCUUCCCAGAGUUUAAAAUUAGCAGGGUUUUCACUUUUCACUAUCCUCUGAUUAAGUUUUCUCCUUCAAGACUCAGUCAGAGCCACAAAGGUAAUUGGAUCCAUUUAAAUUAAGCCACUAGGGCUCACGUACGGCUCUGCACACGCUCAUUGUGUUCCUGGUGGGUUCUGCUGCUGCAAAAAGUUCUGUAAUUCCAUUCUCACCUGGUCUGUAUGGCCUUCACAUGACAGUAGCACUUCCCAGUGUUCGUGUGUUUGUGUCAUCGAACCAAAUGUUUCUGUCCAGAUAGAAGCCGUUUAUGUGAGCAUGUGAUCGCAGCGCUACGAGUCUCCUCCUGAGUGUCGGUCCAGAUGUGGACGACAACAGAAAAAGUCCAAAUGAUCUGAAAGUGCGUGAACAGCAGCAAAUGAAACGCAGCGACUUCACCAAACUCAACCCAUUGAAAGGUGAAGUUCUGAUCAUCUCCUCACAAUGCAGCCUGCAGCAUUUAUGUGGAAGUUACUGAAGACAAACACCACCCGCCUGAACCUUGUCCCGAACCAAGCGCCUCCCAAAGGUCCCGGUCCAUGGCCCGACGGGUCAGAGCCGCUUAAGCAGCACAAAGAGGACCUACACAAGCAGAGGGUUUAAAUGUUGUGGCUGACGGGUGAACGUCUCCGUUAGCGGGGGACGCUGGAAGAAGAGUCAUCAACGGUUUGUCUGCCCAGGUUGAUGGCACUGUAACGGGCCCACACGUAGAACAGAACAGAAUAGAAUAGAAUAGAAUAGAGUAGAACAGAA